AUGUAUUGUACUUCAUGGAAACGUGCUUUGUUAAUUCCUGUAUUCGCUAUGUGGAUAGUUUAUGUGUUGUAUCAACACACUAAUGCUGAAUCUCAGCCUGAAUUUAACCAAAUUUGUGUGAAGUGCACGAGGAAGGAAAAGCUGGAAGAAAGGUUUAAUUUUAGUACAUUAGAAAAAAUACAUCAGUUGAUUUGGAGGCAAAUACAUUCUCUUCAAGAAAAAGGAGAUUGUAGAAAAAAGAAAAUACUCGUAUGUGAUGCGGAUGGUCAUUUUGCAGGUUUGGGUUCGAUGGUGCAUCGGUAUGGCGUGUGCAUGCAUGUUGCUUUUGGUUUGGGUCGACUUGUUAUCAUUAACUCAAAACAUUACGACCAUUUUGGCGGAUUAAAUAAAUGGCUGUUACCGCUUUCUAAAAAAUGCAACUAUUUGAAAAAAAAAUAUCCAGAAUACUCCAAUUUUUGUAAUCUAAGCCAAUCACACUGCUACAAAAAUAAUGGGCAUGACAUCAACAACACAUACAAGGUACUACAGUUUUCUCCAAGUCCCAUGUUUCCUUAUCCAAGACAUGUUCCGGGGGCUAUACCAAAAGUAAUAGAGAAAGCCUUACUCAAGUUGGGAAUAGAAGACCCUAAAAUGUGGUUUUCAGCUCAAUUUUUAGGAUAUCUUUUACUAAGAUCGAAUAGAGAUUUUAAAUACACCUGGAAAGUUUUAAGUAAAAGAGUCAAUUUUCGGUAUCCAGUUGUCUCGAUGCAUAUUAGGCAUGGGGAUAAGUUGAUAAGAGAAGCGAAGUACGUGAAAGAAGAAACGUUUCUGAAAGCUGCAGAACGAUAUUUUAACACGAGCCUACCAAGUACUUCCCUUCAGCGAAUAUAUGUUGCUAGUGAUGACAAAAACAUUGAAAAAAAAUUAAACAGCCUCAUACCCACAAGAAAAUUCAAGCUAAUUUUUUUGCCAAGAACUUAUCGAAAUGAAGGUUUAAAAUCUUACACAAAAACAAACUUUCCUGCCGAGGUUAUCGAGUCAAUUCUUGUUGACAUUUAUUUCCUCGUUUAUUCAAACUACACAAUAUGCACUUACACUUCAAAUAUAUGCCGACUGGUAAACUUAUUGAGGCAAGCACGCCAACCGUAUAAAAUCAAAAACAAGAUCGAAUCUCUAGAUACAAAAGAAAUGUUUUAUGAAUAUUUUGGAUAUAGCUAUGAGGGAACGGAUAAGUUUCGUGUUUCGAUAAAUGUGAAUAAUCAAGCUAUGUAUCACAACAGAACAAAACUACUGCAGUAUCAGAAAGGUGAACUUUUUAAAAUAGAGACAGAAAAAUCUAAUUUGGACGAACAUCUUUUGUUUGUUAAAAGAAAACACAGUAAAAAAAAUGAUAGUACGGGUUAUGUAAAACAAAGCGAUAUUGCAACAUGGCCAGGUUAUCCUGAGUACUUCUUUUACAAAGAGAAAAACAAAAGCUAA